CGGUCGAUGCCAUCCGCCGCCAUCCUCCUCCAUCCUCCUCCAUCCUCCUCCAUCCGCCGCUCGGACCGCCCCGGGGAUAAAAGUUGUUCUCCUGAAAAUAUACUCUCCAAGAUGAAGUUCUUGUUGGCAGUUCUCUUUUUUAUUUCAUUCUCCUUAUGGGUGGAAGAAGCCUUUUCCAAAGAGAAAUCAUCCAAGAAAGGGAAGGGGAAAAAGAAGCAGUAUCUGUGCCCAUCACAGCAGUCAGCAGAAGACCUUGCAAGGGUUCCUGCUAAUUCCACCAGCAAUAUCUUAAACAGGCUAUUAGUUAGUUAUGAUCCUAGGAUACGACCAAACUUCAAAGGUAUUCCGGUUGAUGUAGUAGUCAAUAUUUUUAUCAACAGCUUUGGAUCCAUUCAAGAGACAACAAUGGACUACAGAGUUAACAUCUUCCUGAGACAGAAGUGGAAUGAUCCCAGACUUAAACUGCCUAAUGAUUUUAGAGGCUCAGAUGCCUUGACGGUGGAUCCCACAAUGUUCAAAUGUCUAUGGAAGCCUGAUCUCUUCUUUGCAAAUGAAAAAAAUGCAAAUUUCCAUGAUGUCACUCAGGAAAAUAUCCUUCUCUUUAUUUUUCGGGAUGGAGAUGUCUUAGUAAGCAUGAGAUUAUCUAUUACUCUCUCAUGCCCUCUGGACUUGACCUUAUUUCCUAUGGACACACAACGUUGUAAGAUGCAACUGGAGAGCUUUGGCUAUACAACUGAUGAUUUACGAUUUAUCUGGCAGUCAGGAGAUCCCGUCCAGUUAGAGAAAAUUGCUUUGCCUCAGUUUGAUAUUAAAAAGGAAGAUAUUGAAUAUGGUAACUGUACCAAGUACUACAAAGGCACUGGCUAUUACACAUGUGUAGAAGUAAUCUUCACUUUAAGAAGACAGGUUGGAUUUUACAUGAUGGGUGUGUAUGCUCCUACUCUGCUCAUUGUUGUACUGUCGUGGCUUUCAUUUUGGAUCAACCCAGAUGCAAGUGCAGCCAGAGUGCCCCUAGGCAUCUUCUCAGUUCUCAGCUUGGCAUCUGAAUGUACCACACUGGCAGCUGAACUGCCUAAAGUAUCUUAUGUGAAGGCUCUUGAUGUUUGGCUCAUUGCUUGUCUGCUUUUUGGGUUUGCAUCACUGGUAGAAUAUGCAGUGGUUCAGGUGAUGUUGAAUAACCCAAAAAGAAUUGAGGCUGAGAAAGCAAAAAUUGCCAAGGCAGAACAAGCAGAAGGGAAAGGUGGAAAUGCAGCUAAGAAGAACACUGUAAAUGGUACAGGGACCCCUGUGCACAUCAGUACUUUGCAGGUUGGUGAGACAAGAUGCAAAAAAGUCUGCACUUCUAAGUCUGAUCUGAGAUCCAAUGAUUUCAGCAUUGUUGGAAGCUUGCCAAGAGAUUUUGAAUUAUCAAACUAUGACUGUUAUGGAAAACCCAUUGAAGUUAAUAAUGGGCUUGGGAAAUCUCAAGCAAAGAACAACAAGAAGCCUCCUCCUCCCAAACCAGUCAUUCCAUCAGCAGCAAAACGAAUUGAUCUCUAUGCCAGAGCAUUGUUUCCUUUUUGCUUCUUGUUCUUUAAUGUCAUAUACUGGUCUGUGUAUUUAUGAUAAAUCUCUUUCCACUUGUGAAGAAUUGCAUCCCAUCUGGGCUCCCAUCACGAAGAACAAUCAGCAAAAUGAUUUGCAUUCUCAGAGCAAUAUAUUGCAUAUUAGGUGCCGUGCGAUUAUAAUGAAACUAUGGCAUCUUAAUUGUGAAUGAACGCAUGACACUGUAAUGUUUGUGCUCUAAACAACUAGUGUCUAUAAAUGUACAGCGUAUACAUCCUGCUCUAGGACUCUAUGAGGGGAUCCUGCAUACUAAGAAACUUAUUAAAACCCAGAUAAUUCUCUUCUGAUAACAAAACUGAAAUGCACGCCAAAUCUCUUUACAGUUAAUGCUCUAGCAUAUGUAGUAAUUCAAAGCUCCUUCCUUGUAACUUUCAGAUAAAGCCAUCUUUUUUCUUGUUUGAUUUUAGAUGGUACUGUUGAAGAACAAGCUUUAAUUGUAAUUCAUAUCAGUUCAACUUUGUAAGUGGAGAAGAUAAAUAUCAAUGAAAAAAUAAAUAUCAGAAAAUUACUAAUUUUGUAAAAUCAGCUCAUUUAAAAGCUGCAUCACACCAUAUGAGAAAGGAAAAAACUUAUGUGGGUUGAAAUACUUAUAUGGGUUCCAAUGAAUUAACUCAAAAAAUGGGCAGUUAAGAAAUAAUCCUAGGUUUUAAUAAAACCUAUUUGAUCUGGUUUCAAAGAUCUCAUACUUUUAAAUUGGAGGGUUGAAAUAUUGAUAUGUUGUUUACCAAACCAGAAUGCCUUUCAAGGAAUAAAGCUAAGUUUUUGGUCUGUACUUUACAGGUUAAACCUAUGAGUGGUACCUUCUCCAGCGUAUGCUAUACUCCCUUUUAGUUUCUGGAAGGUAAGCAACCACCAUUCACUAGCUGGAAAGUUUUAGUAGAUUUAUAAAUGAAAAUCUGCAAAUAUCAAAUAAUUUUAGCUUCUGUGAAGAUGUGGUUAUCAUAAAAAUGGCAGUUAGAGAUUUACCAAUGAGUUUAAUUUCUCUUUCUGCUUCUCUGUUUUGAGAAUUUGGGGAUUAGUUGUAAAAUAUUUAAGCAAUAGUAAGCCUGCAUAAGUCACUUUUGAGAGUGAUAAAGGAAGAAGUUUGUAAUAUGCAAAGCUGUGAGACUUUGUAAAAGGAAGUGGUCUCCCUUUUCCUAAUAUACAUCCAGUUGCAAUUCCCCAAACAGUGACCCCAAACCACCAAAACAACAACACAAAAGAUCCAUGGUCUCAGGCCCUGUGAGACUCAUUCCUCUCCCAGUUACUGGACUAAGGUCCAGUAAUAUGACCAAGGACAUUUUUCAUCCAUGAGAUCACAAAAUACCAGUGCAAAAUUAAAGAACCAUAAAUAAUUCACACCACAUAAAUGUAAAAUAUUUUCCUAAACCACACUUAAGUGGUUUUCUUGAAGUUGCUAGGUAAGCGUGUAUCUAACGUUACAAUACUCUGGCAUAUUUUUCAUUCGACAACUUGCCAUGCGUGACUCAAACAAUGAUAUGGAUACUUUUGGAGACCCUUUGGUUUUGUGUUUUGCACUCAAGGUCAUAAAAGUUUACAAAACUGUUUGAAACAAAUCCUUUAAUAGUACUUCAGCACCCUCUAGUUGUAAAAUGUUUCUUUGGAAGAAAACCUUUUUACUACAUACUCAAUGAAAAGUUCCCUGCAUACAUACUGGACUAGGCAAAAUAUUGCGAUGUGAAUGAUAGGAGAAGAAAUGAACAUCAUAGGAGGGAUUCUAUCAAACACAUGAACAAAAUUGGAUAUCAAAUGCAUGAAUACCUACUGAGGCUGUAACCAGAGCAAUAAAAAUUGGGUUAUUUCUGCUAAGACUCA